AUGCUGAACGACCUUUACCGACCCGGCGUCGUGAGCGAGCCUUGGGGACCACUCAUCUCACCCGAUUACACAGAAGACGAGUUCACCAACCUCGAUGUCCUUGUCGCUUCCAUCCCAUGGGCUCUCACAUUGGCAAACGUCCUGCUCGCUUUGUGGCAGAUCUACCACCAAACCAAAUUGGCAAAAACCCCGGUCCGAAGUCCUUAUUUAUGGAUGGCCUGGUUGGAGCUGGGGGCUUGUUUCGCGUUGGGUCUUGUUGGCUACCUGCAUGUGCUAAAACACAUUCCAGCGAUGGCCUGCUGGAGCUUCCAGGUCAUGCUUCUUUUCCAGAUUAUCGUCAACCGCAUCAGAGUUAUUGAUGUGAACCGCAAGCACGGUGACCAUAUCUUUAUCGCAGUAACUGUCUACAUCACGGUAGUGAUCAUCAGUGGCUUCAUUAUCUGGAUCCCAGCCCGGAUGCAAAUUAGCCACUAUUGGGAGUUCAUCUCAGCGGCUUGGGAUCGCACUGAGAAGUGCCUAUUCCUCAUUAUCGAUUUGGCACUCAACUGGUACUUCUUGAGAAUGGUGAAGAACAAUUUGAUCCGCAACGGUCUCACAAAGUACAACAAAAUCGUUCAAUUCAACCAGCGCAUCAUCGUUCUGUCGAUUCUAAUGGAUGUUAUGCUUAUCGCCGCUACCGCUAUACCCAAAGCCUUUGUCUACGUUCAAUUCCAUUCGCUGUGCUACCUCGUCAAACUCAACAUCGAAAUGGCCAUGGCCAACCUGAUCAGACGCAUCGCCAUCUCGAACUUCAACCGCACUGGUGCAGUACACGAGUUCAAGGACCCAUCCACCCAUGCAUCGGAACCUUAUAGCAAUACUUUCGCCUCCACCCGGGGCAGCGUCCAGCUCGGCAACAUCGGCAAGAGCGCCAAUGCCUAUGACUGCAACAUCAAGGCCACAACACAAUACACUGUGACUUCAGAGCCCAGUUUAUCCCCAAAGGACAGUCGCCGGCCUUCACAUGUCGAGGUGGAGAUCUCGAAGGGGCACACGGACAACUAUGGCGCGAUGAACCGACCGGUGAUUGUCAUUGAAGAACCGGAAACGAAGAGCUUGGACGGCGCGACAGAGGUCGCAGAGAGUUACCAUACUGACGAUGAGGCUGUGCUCGUGAACAAGAGGGGCCAUUGGUGA